AUGGAUGGAGAAACUACUUCUUGGAUCAGGAGGGCGAAUUAUUCUCACACUGUUUGUUAUCGUAUGAUUACGCCAAGCUUAGAAUCUAUGCCUUUUACAGUAAACAGAGAGAAGAAGACGACUUCUGGAUUGAAACGAACGCCUCUGAGUUCACCAUCGGACCUGAAGUCACUUGUAGGAACCUCACAGCAAGCCACAGGUUCUGAAAUCCAUAGAAACCCUGUGACCAACAAAAAGAGGUCUGCUUCUCCGUCGCCGCAGAUGGCUCUUCCUGAUUCUUUCAAAGAAGCAAAGUCUGAUAUCAAGAGAUUCUCUACUCCACAUCCUAGAAGAAUGGAGCCUGAUAAAGGGAUGAAGACGAAGCUGCCCCGUAAAGACUCAUCGGAGAAGAUAUCGUUCAAUCCGCUACGGCCUCUGUCGCACUCGGGUCCUAUAAGGGAUCUUAGUACGCUGAAGAUUCAAGACAGGGCCAAGAGCAAGAAGGAGACGAGGUCUUCAAAGUCUUUUGACUACGGAGGUUCGAGAGUAAGUGCUAUGGGAGUGCUUGAAGAACACCUCAUUGAUACCUCUAAGUUGACCUAUGGGGAUCAGUUUGCGCAUGGGAUAUAUAGCGUACUUUACCAUGGAGAAUACAAAGGCGAAGCUGUUGCUCUCAAGGUUACAAAAGCGCCUGAGAAUAGCGAAGACAAGUUCUUGGGAGCUCGUUUGGAGAAACAGUUUACAAAGGAAGCCACUCUUUUAUCUCGACUACGCCAUCCAAAUGUUGUCAAGUUUGUGGGAGUGGACACUGGGAAUUGUAUCAUCACGGAGUAUGUACCUAAAGGGUCUUUAAGAUCAUACCUGCACAAGCUCGAGCAGAAGUGUCUUCCUCUGCAACAGCUAAUUAAGUUUGGUCUAGAUAUUGCGAGAGGAAUGGAAUAUAUUCACUCGAGGAAGAUAGUUCAUCGGGAUCUCAAGCCAGAAAACGUUCUGAUUGACAAAGACUUUAACUUGAAGAUUGCUGACUUUGGCAUAGCGUGCGAGGAGGAGUACUGUGAUAUCUUGGGGGCUGAGACAGGAACUUAUAGGUGGAUGGCACCUGAAGUGCUAAGACGGAGACCACACGGACGCAAGACCGAUGUUUAUAGUUUCGGACUCAUUCUAUGGGAAAUGGUAGCUGGAGCAGUCCCAUAUGAGGACAUGACUCCUGUCCAAGCUGCUUUUGCAGUCAUGCACAAGAACAUUAGGCCGGUUAUACCGAAGGGAUGUCCAGAGGCAAUGAAAGAUCUGAUUGAGCAAUGUUGGUCGUUGCAAUCAGACAAGAGACCAGAGUUCUGGCAGAUUGUGAAAGUGUUGGAACAGUUUGAAAAGUCUCUGAGAAACGAAGGGAGGCUCAGUCUCAUGCCGAACCAGAUCUGUCCAGAGCUAAAGAAAGGUCCUAAAUACUGGAUUCAGAUAUUCGGGUCAAUCCACCACCAUGGCGGCAGCAGCAGCAGCAACACCAUAGGCUCAGCCUUACCUAAGCCUAAAUUCGCUUAA